AUGCUCCAAGCUUGUUACCGCAGUCCACCUAUAUGUUUCAAUGUCGAGCGUGGUCGUCGUGCCAAGUACGUCUGUUUUUCUUUGCAGGUGUCCUCUUGUAAUCUUUACGAUGACAGUUGUUGCUGGCAAGAUUUUCUUCCCCCCUCCCCUUCCCUCCUUCCCCAUGUCCCCUUCUCUGCUUCCCCCCCUCCUCUUCCCUGCUUCCCCAAGUCCCCUUCCCAGCUUCUCCCCCUCCCCUUUCCUGCUCCCUCCCAUCCCCUUCCCUGCUUCCCCCCAUCCCCUUCCCUUCUUCCCCCCCAUCAGAUUCCCGUCUCGCCCCCCUCCACCUCCCUGCUUCCCCCCAUCCCCCACCCUGCUUCCCCCCAUCCCGUGCCCUGCUUCCCCCCAUCCCCUUCCCUGCUUCCCCCCAAUCCCCUCCCUGCGUCCCCCAUCCUCUUCAUUCUUUCCCCUUAUCCCAAUCCCUGCUUCCCCCCAUCCGCUUUUCUGCUUCCCCCCUCCCCUUCCCUCCUUCCCCAUGUCCCCUUCCCUGCUUCCCCCCAUCCCCUUCCCUGCUUCCCCCCAUCCCCUUCCCUGCUUCCCCCCAUCCCGUGCCCUGCUUCCCCCCAUCCCCUUCCCUGCUUCCCCCCAACCCCCUCCCUGCGUCCCCCAUCCUCUUCAUUCUUUCCCCUUAUCCCAAUCCCUGCUUCCCCCCAUCCGCUUUUCUGCUUCCCCCUCCCCUUCCCUCCUUCCCCAUGUCCCCUUCCCUGCUUCCCCCCAUCCCCUUCCCUGCUUCCCCCCAUCCCCUGCCCUGCUUCCCCCCAUCCCGUGCCCUGCUUCCCCCCAUCCCCUUCCCUGCUUCCCCCCAACCCCCUCCCUGCGUCCCCCAUCCUCUUCAUUCUUUCCCCUUAUCCCAAUCCCUGCUUCCCCCCGAACGGUUUUCUGCUUCCCCCCUCCCCUUCCCUCCUUCCCCAUGUCCCCUUCUCUUCUUCCCCCCCCCCAUCCCCCUCCCUCCUUCCCCCAUCCCGUGCCCUGCUUCCCCCAUCCCCUUCUCUGCUUCCCCCCAACCCCCUCCCUGCGUCCCCCAUCCUCUUCAUUCUUUCCCCGUAUCCCAAUCCCUGCUUCCCCCCAUUCGGUUUUUUGCUUCCCCCCUCCCCUUCCCUCCUUCCCCAUGUCCCCUUCUCUGCUUCCCCCCCCAUCCCCCUCCCUCCUUCCCCCCAUCCCGUGCCCAGCUUCCCCCCAUCCCCUUCCCUGCUUCCCCCCAACCCCCUCCCUGCGUCCCCCAUCCUCUUCAUUCUUUCCCCUUAUCCCAAACCCUGCUUCCCCCCGUACGGUUUUUUGCUUCCCCCCUCCCCUUCCCUCCUUCCCCAUGUCCCCUUCUCUUCUUCCCCUCCCAUCCCCCUCCCUCCUUCCCCCCACCAUCCCCUUAACUGCUUCCCCCCAACCCCCUCCCUGCGUCCCCCAUCCUCUUCAUCCUUUCCCCUUAUCCCAAUCCCUGCUUCCCCCAUACGGUUUUCUGCUUCCCCCCUCCCCUUCCCUCCUUCCCCAUGUCCCCUUCUCUUCUUCCCCUCCCAUCCCCCUCCCUCCUUCCCCCCAUCCCCUUCCCUGCUUCCCCCCAACCCCCUCCCUGCGUCCCCACACCAUGGCAGCAGUGCACGUCCCAAAAUACAUCGCACACUCCGGCGACGUCUCACUCCUAGUGAGCAAAACAUGUUGAAGCGACGGCGUGGGCUUCUGGGCAGAGUGAAUGAGUUGGUUGAAGUUGAUGAGGCUGGUGUCGAAGUUGACGAAGUUGCCACUUUGUGA